UAUAAAACCACACUUUCAUGUGCAAUUUCAAAACCACACAGCCAAAAAGAUCACAACAAAGGAGCAAAAAGAAAAAGAAAAAGCAAAACCCAAUGGAAGUUCAUGGGAAGCAGCAGGCCUCAGGCACCAAGGUGGUCUUGGCAGCCAUGGGAGGCUUGGCAAUUGGAGGGUCGCUUGUGUUCUUGAUGGGUUUCAGUUUCUUGGCCUCAGUGACGCUUCUGGUUUUGAGCUCACCGCUUCUGUUGAUCUUCAGCCCUCUGCUGUUUUUUGCUGGGUUUGUGUUUGUGGGAGCUGUGGUUGGAUUUGCUGUGGCUGGAGCCAUGGCCCUCACAGGCAUGUCUACUUUGGGGUGGAUCUUUCAGGAGCUUGGAGGCACAAGUCUUUUGGGAUUUGGUGGUGGUCUGGCCGAGAGAUUGAAGGAACAAGGAAAAGAUUGGGCUGGGUUCUUGCAGCAUGGGAAUGAGCAAGACAUCAAGAUCACCAGUAGAGGCUAGAACUUAUUAGUUGUGUAGAUAGCUGUGUGUUGGUCUUCUUUGUCCCUGUAGAAGUUGCUCCAAAUUCAAUAAGAUAUAUUCUCAGUGUUUGAGUAAUAAUAAAUGGAAUGAUUAACAA